AUGUCAUUCCCCUCACCGGCCUCUGCGCCAUCCCGGCGUCGUGGAGAUUCCGUUUCAUCAUACUCAAGUCCCCGUCUGAUCCCUCAUGCUUCAGCUUCGCAAGAUGGUCUCUCGAACCUGCCAUCCGAUUUGAAUCACGGUUCCUUUCGAGGCCAAUCUGCACAGCAGAAUUCACACACUAAUACUUCCGGCGCUUCACACCAAUACCAACCUACACGUUCUUUCGUUCAUCUUUCCUAUCGUGGAGAUCCAGUCCUCGUAGACAGCGCACAGUAUGCCCGCAGCGUUAGAGAAGAUACGGCCGAACUUGCGUCAUAUGCCCUGUCCGACACACCAGCCCCAGGUCCUCCCUCCCCGACCCGAACCCGCACAAACCAUCAGAUGCACCUCGAAUCAUACUUCAAUGGAGGUGAAGACGAGUCAAGAUCAAAUCGAGAUAUCGAACAACCACGUCACGAAACGAUAGAAGAAGUGUCUGAGCCAGUUACCCCAGAAGAGGGCUCCACAAGCAGCCUUCCACAUAGCGCAUCUGCCAUAACGAACAUGCUGAGAACUUCUCCUCCUAGUACAUUACUGCAGAAUGAAAAUGGAACGCUGGGCUAUGGGGCCAUUGAAAGUGAACAAUGCGAUUCCAAUUCGAGAGACGGCCGCCUCAUAAUUACAUCGCAGGGCGUCAAGAUGGACUCGUCAGAACGUACACCCUUGUUGUCCAAAGUCUCAUCUUCACAUUCUCACCCCGAUUGGAUAAGGGGGGAUCAUGAUAUUGAAAGUUUAAAGACGUCAAGAAAUCCAACUUGGCCAAAGCUACGGAAUGUCCUGAAAUCAACCAGGGAACGAGGCACAGUCGUUGUCGAAACUGCUUUCAACCCCAAGCGCUGGGAUAGAAUGGCGAUAUGGCAGAACUGUUUUAUUGCACCCGCUCAAUCUCUUCCAUCAGUACUUUUGGGAAUGUUGCUUAAUAUUCUGGAUGCAUUAUCAUAUGGGAUGAUCUUAUUUCCUCUAGGACAACCAAUUUUCGAAAAACUUGGUGCAGCCGGCAUCUCUAUAUUCUACGUGAGUACAAUAAUUUCGCAAUUGGUGUUCUCAUGCGGCAUGAGUACAUUCAAAGGAGGUAUUGGUAGUGAAAUGAUAGAAGUUGUGCCAUUUUUUCAUAAAAUGGCGUUUACGAUAAUGGAAGUGGUUGGCGAAGAUAAUCCCGAAGCCGUCAUCGCGACAACUAUCACGUCAUAUGCGAUUAGUUCCAUUUUAACAGGUAUUGUAUUCUUCUUUAUGGGAACUUGUGGCUUUGGUUACAUCGUUGGAUUUAUUCCUAGACAUAUACUCAUUGGAUGCAUUGGUGGGGUUGGUUGGUUCCUCAUUGCUACUGGAUUUGAGGUUACAGCACGCCUUGAUGGAAAUUUGAAUUAUGACAUGAGCACUCUACACAAGAUGUUCGAGCCAGAUACAAUUGCCCUAUGGGUCAUUCCUUUCUCCAUUGCUCUUUUCAUUGUCUGGUCGCAAACUAAAAUUACCUCGAAAUUUUAUUUGUCCGCCGUUAUCAUGACUAUUCCAGCAGUAUUCUACUUUUUUGUCCUUUCAUUGGAUGAACUCGAAGUACCCAAUUUACGUCGAAAUGGCUGGAUUUUUGAAGGUCCUGAAGCUGAUGAACCAUGGUGGUAUUUCUGGACCUUGUACAAGUUCCACCUCGUUCGUUGGGAUGCUAUUCUCGAAACGGUCCCUGCUAUGUUUGCUUUGACAUUUUUUGGACUUUUGCAUGUUCCUAUCAAUGUUCCAGCAUUGGCCAUCAACGUUGGCGAGGAUCAUCUUAACUUGGAUCGAGAACUAAUUGCACAUGGCAUCUCCAAUAUGCUAUCUGGAUUUGCAGGAAGUGUUCAGAAUUAUUUGGUCUAUACCAACUCCAUCCUAUUUAUGAGAUCAGGUGGUAAUCGUUUAGCUGGUAUUCUACUUGCUGCUGCUACUUUUGGAAUUUUGAUGUAUGGACUGAUUUUAAUCGGCUACAUUCCGGUUAUGAUGGUUGGGGCUCUCAUCUUUGUGCUUGGUUUCGAACUUUUGGUUGAGGCUGUGUGGGUACCAAGGAAGAAGUUGAAGCCCCUUGAGUAUUUGACAGUAUGCAUAAUAGUUAUUACCAUGGGUAUCUAUGAUUUCGUUGCUGGAAUCUUCCUUGGUAUUGGUCUUGCGUUUGUAUCCUUGGUAGUCCAGACAUCUAGAAUCCCCGCAGUGAGAGCGUCUUACUCAGGUGAGAUAGCUGGAUCUACUGUUCGUAGGAACGCUACUCAGUCUCGCUACCUUCGAGACGUGGGCCAGCAAAUUCAUGUCACAAAGUUAGCUGGAUAUCUUUUCUUUGGUACCAUCGUCAGUGUCGAGGAACGUAUUCGUGCUUUGGUUGAGGAUGAAGCAUUUACCGAAAGACCAAUACGUUUCUUGAUAUUUGAUCUCUACCAUGUUACAGGAAUUGAUUAUUCCGCUGCCGAGGCCUUUUUACGAUUGAAUCGAAUCUUCAGCAAGAAGGGUGUCACUUUAUCUCUUAGCGGUGUGGAUCCCGAAGGUCCUAUAGGGAGUCAUCUUAGAUCCGUUGGUCUUGGCCAAGGUCUAGCGAUUGAUGAUGGUAACGAAGUGACCUUAUUUCAAGAUCUUAAUUCUGCAUUGGAGAGUUGCGAAAACGAAUUAUUGAAAACACUUUACGCCAGUCAACAAGCUCGCGCCAACCGCAAUGGCGCAACUGAUCAUCUAGAAGUGCCCUCAAGUCGAAGCCGCGGCAAAUCAUUCUCACAUUCUUUCGAUACUCAAUUCAGUUCUCCAAGACGCAAACCCCUUCGCUUAAUCCGUCAAACUUUCCAAGGUCUCACCAAUAAAAAUGAAGAUUUCUGGUUCCGUGUCAUUACGUUCUUCACUCGUAAAGAAUAUCUCGCAGGCACAAUACUUUACCGUCGUGGCGAACCUGCAAAGGGUUUCUAUCUCCUUGAAGAAGGUAUCCUUCGUGCUGAUUAUGAAUUACCUCAAGGUCGCUACUUUGAAAGUAUAGUUGCUGGAACGACAUGUGGAGAAUUACCAUUUUUCUCGGAAACUGAUCGUACGGCUACCGUUAUGGCGGAAAGAGAUUGCGUGGCAUGGUUGAUGGAUAAAAAGGACUGGGAGGACCUGCAAGAAAAGGAUAAGGAAGUUGCUCAGGAGUUAUUGAGGAUUGGAUUAAAGUUGACAAGUGAGAGGAUGAGUGCUAUUACAAGUUAUGUCUUGACUACAGCUGGAUAG